AGCACUUCCAUCUUCAUUCCCACCUGAUCACGGCUAUAUAAAUCCCAACAGCUGAUCAGCAGACUUCAGAAAGAACCGACGCCUUCAGACGGUGAAGAGAAGAGCGGAUGAGAGCAAUAGAGAAAAAAGAGAAAAAGAGAGAGAGCGCGCGAGAGAGCGAGAGAGUAAGAACUCGCUGACACAGACAGAGAGAGCUGGCUGAUGCAUGGGGAUAGAUAGGCAUAAAACAUACCGACGAUCAAACUUGAGCUUCAAGACCCGUUCCAGACGCGCGCUCCGGGCUGGAGAAGAUAAGGAGCUGUCCGGUUCUGAACGCCCUCUCGCGCCCCCCGAUUAUAGGGGAGCUGUCCGGUUCUGAGCACGCGCUCCCGCCCGGUUACAGGGGAGCUGUCCGGCGCUACAGUGCUGAAGUUGCAUUUCUUACUCUGAGGAACGUGGCGUCGCGCGGCGGCAGCAGAAACAGCAUCAGCGGGACCACCAUCAGCAUCAGCACCACCACUACCAUCAGCAGAAGAAGCAUCUGAAUAAAGACUGCGAGGCUGGAGGUGCUUUGGUUCAGUAGUGCAUGAAGAGCGCGAGAGCUGACGCCGGUGGACGGCUGUCGUUUGGGGGUUUGGGGGUCUUUUCUUUUUUUUUGCUUUGCUUUUCUUUUUUGCCCCCAUCCUGAAACAUGCCAAGGUCUUUCCUGGUCAAAAAGGUUAAGCUUGAUGAUUUUUCAUCCUCCGACCUCGAGAGCUCCUACGGCAGAUCCAGAGCUGACCUCAGCCUUCGCUUCCAUGACAAAGGCUACAUCGGGGACUACAUAACCCCGUCCGUGUACGAUGGGGACAGCGACCACGUCCUCAAGGUGCCCUCCCCGAGCCCCAUCUACGAGCGGAUACACGGGGACUACGGCGCGCCGGACUCCGACCAGCCGGACAGCCCGCGCUCUGAGGUCUCGUCGGGCUACAUCAACGGAGACAACGCGGUGAGCGAGGGCUAUGCUGUGGACGCCUUCUUUAUCACGGACGGGCGCUCGCGCCGCAAGUCGGUGGGCGGCGGGCGCACCCUGCAGCGGCACACGUGCAACGAGUGCGGCAAGACGUACGCCACGUCGUCCAACCUGAGCCGCCACAAGCAGACGCACCGCAGCAUGGACAGCAAGAUGGCCAAGAAGUGCCCCACGUGCGGCAAGGUGUACGUGUCCAUGCCGGCCAUGGCUAUGCACCUACUGACACACGACCUCAAGCACAAGUGCGACGUGUGCGGCAAGGCGUUCAGCCGCCCGUGGCUCCUGCAGGGACACAUGCGCUCGCACACGGGAGAGAAGCCGUUCGGGUGCGCGCACUGCGGCAAAGCCUUCGCCGACCGCUCCAACCUGCGCGCGCACAUGCAGACGCACUCGGCCUUCAAGCACUACAAGUGCAAGCGCUGCAACAAGACGUUCGCGCUCAAGUCGUACCUGAACAAGCACUAUGAGUCGGCGUGCUUCAAGGGCGCGUUCGCGCCACUCGGCGCGCUCGAGGCGUGAUGCUGGUGGGGGUGGCGGCGCGUGACGGAGGUCCUAGACGACGACAAUAAAUAAAUAAACAAAUAAAUAACUAAACACGCCUUCCUGCCAAACCUGCUCGCGCGGUUUGGAUGACAGCACAGUUUCAGUUUUGACUUUUGUUCCGUUUCUUUUGGUUUUUGUUUGUUUGUU